UAUUUAUUCAUUUCUUUCCGUUUCUUUGUGUCCUCCGUUCCUUUUGUAUUCUCAUCUUUAUUCCCCAUUCUUUACCGGCUUCCAUCCCAAUACCCAUCACCUUGUCACAAUGAGUAGCAGACUUUUAGGAAAAAAUGUUUUGAUUACUGGAGCCUCCUCCGGUAUCGGUGAAGCAUGUGCACGCCAUUUUGCGCAGGCUAGAUCCAAUUUGUUGUUGGCUGCUCGUCGUCAGGAGCGUCUGGAGUCACUGAAAAAGGAGCUCGAGUCCAAAUACUCUGGCAUCAAGAUUUUGACUUUUGAAUUGGAUGUCCGUAACAAGGCCAACGUCAAUGCUGCAGUCGAACAUUUUGGUCAAGUCGACAUUCUUGUUAACAAUGCUGGUUUGGUUAUUGGAUUGGAUAAACUUGAAGACAUCACAGAGGAAGCACUGGACACAAUGAUUGAUACAAAUGUCAAGGGUCUUGUCCAUGUCACUCAGGCAGUGUUGCCUAAAAUGCGUCAACGCAAUAAGGGUCAUAUCAUUAACAUCGGUUCUGUUGCUGGACAGCAGCCCUAUGCCAAUGGAUCUAUCUACUGUGCUAGCAAGGCCGCUGUGGCUUCGAUCACGCGUGCACUGAUGCAUGAGACCGUUGACACAGCAAUUCGUGUUUCUGAGAUCAAUCCAGGCCUAGUUGAAACUGAGUUCUCAGUGGUGCGCUUCCGUGGAGAUAAGAAUAGAGCUGACUCAGUGUACAAGGGCAUUGAGCCCUUAAAUGCCGAUGAUAUUGCCGAGACCGUCAUCUUUGUGGCUGGCCGCCCUGAACAUGUCAAUAUCGCAGAGAUGUUGGUCUUCCCUACCAAUCAGUCAGGUGCUACGACUGUGUACCGCAAGCCUGAAGAAGCCCAAAAAAACUAGAAGCCCAAAAAAAUUAGAAGCCCAAAAAAACUAGAAGCCAUUCACAAUUUACAAUAAAGUGUGUUUUUAUUGUAGUUAUAAAAA